AUGACUAUCUACAAGACAGCAUUGACCAUCCCUGUCAGAGACAGUGGAUUAUUCUCAAUUAUGUCCAAUUAUUUUAUUAUUAACAAGUUGAUCAAGACCUUGUAUCCUACAUUGACGUCCUUGCCUAAUUAUGGUAAAAAAUACGACAAACAAAGUUAUUGGCUCGUGGAAAGCAAAGAUAGAAAACCAAGUGACCCUGUUUUGAUCUUUUUGCAUGGUGGUGGUUAUUUUGUUCAGACCAUGCCCUCACAAAUAGAGUCAUUGUUGAGCAUUUAUCAUUUACUUGAAGAGCCCCAGAAGAGCAAGUUGUCAAUUUUAGUUUUGGAUUAUAAGUUGGCCUGUCAUGGAUACAAAGUUCCUUAUCAAUUGACAGAAUUAAUCGACACCUACACCAAUUUGGUAAAAGAUGGCAGUAAGAACAUUUUGUUAAUGGGUGAUUCUGCUGGUGGCAAUUUAGCUUUGAUUUUCUUGCAAUCUUUAAAAAUAGACAAAUUGAGUUUGCCAUACCCGUCAAGUGUAUUAUUAAUCAGUCCUUGGGUUAAACUUGCACCUGAUAAUUUCCAGAAUACACCUGGUAAUUCAUACUAUGACAACGCUGCUCAUGACAUGCUUCCAUUUAAUCUGCAUUCCAGUGAAUUGUUAGAAUCUCUUUUGGGAGACUCACGUGUAUACUCUUUAACCAUUUCACCAGGUAACUGUCCUUAUAAUGAAACCGAUUGGAAAGACAUUCCUUCAUUGAAUCAUCCAGGCUAUUCUGUUUUUGUGAUUACCGGAGAACACGAAUGUUUCCGAGACGAUAUUUUGGAAUGGGCUAAUCAUUCAUUACAAUCUCCAUUGACACCACAAAAAGGUGAUUCCCAAGGUCGUUUCAAUCCAAAGAUUCAUCAGUAUAUUAGAGACACUCCGGACACUGCUUAUGCAGAAGUUUUGAUAGAACCAUGUGGUGUUCACGAUUCUGUUUUGUAUUUUGAAAACAGCAUUAUAUCUAUACUUAAAAAUAAUCCUAGAUUGAAUGCAAAAUCUUUGGAUAAGGUAGAGUAUUUCGGAAUUACUAAAGUUGUGGAUUUCUUAAACAAGACAUUGUCAAGUGAAGAGAAAAAAGGGGUAAAGCCAUUGUUAUAG